CCGGGCGCGAAUAAAUCAUGCAGCCUCUGGAGUGGGCGCCGUCCGGGAUGGGGAGGAAUCGCUCCAGGGGGAAAGAGCCGCCGCAAUGAGCUGGAGUUUCCACCACUGGGGAGUUCCCGAACUGGGGGUCAAACUCUGGAUACAAUGCAGUGACGCUGGGUUUAGCAGGAACUAUUAAAUAAAGCCAUUGUUUCCCCUACUUGGAGAAAUGACCAGUACAGAAGAAGCAGGAUGAAAAGAUGGCUGACUUCUUGUUACAACCGGGUUCUAAUAGCUUCCACCGGUUCACGCUUGAAUCCUUGGCUGCUAUUGAGAAGCGAAUUGCAGAGAAACUUGCAAGGAAUGCUAAGCAGGAGUACAGAGAUCAGACAGAUGAUGAAGAAAAGCCUCGGCCUCAGUUUGACUUACAAGCUUGCAAAAAGUUGCCUGGUAUCUAUGGGACUCUUCCUCCAGAGCUCAUUGGGGAACCACUGGAGGAUCUCGACCCUUACUACAGUGACCACAAGACAUUUAUAGUACUGAACAAAGGGAAGACAAUCUUUCGAUUUAGUGCCACUCCUGCCUUGUAUAUACUUAGUCCUUUCCAUCCAGUCAGAAGAGCAGCAAUUAAAAUUUUGGUACAUUCAUUGUUCAGUAUGUUUAUUAUGUGCACUAUUUUAACCAACUGUGUGUUCAUGGCACAAUCGGAGGUUCAAUCAUGGAAUAAAUAUGUUGAGUACACUUUCACUGGCAUUUACACUUUUGAAUCAUUGAUAAAAAUACUGGCAAGAGGAUUUUGUAUGACAGAAUUCACCUUCCUUCGAGAUCCAUGGAAUUGGCUGGAUUUCAGUGUCAUUGUUAUGGCAUACAUAACUGAAUUUGUGGACCUGGGCAAUGUCUCAGCCUUACGAACGUUCAGAGUUCUUCGGGCGCUGAAAACAAUCUCAGUCAUUUCAGGAUUGAAGACCAUCGUAGGUGCACUUAUCCAGUCUGUUAAGAAACUUGCUGAUGUGAUGAUCCUGACCGUUUUCUGCUUGAGUGUCUUUGCCCUUAUAGGCCUCCAGCUCUUUAUGGGCAAUUUGAGACAUAAGUGUGUCAGGAACUACACCGAAUUUAACUCUACCAAUGGCACAUUUUAUUCAGGCGUUCAGAAGUGGAAUUCCUUGGAUGAUUUUCUUAAUGAUCCAGAAAACUACUUCAUAAAAAAUGGCACUUCGGACGCACUACUCUGUGGCAACAGCUCAGACGCUGGCACCUGUCCAACGGGAUAUAGAUGCCUAAAGGCUGGUGAAAAUCCUGAUCAUGGCUAUACAAGCUUUGAUACUUUUGGCUGGGCCUUUCUCUCUUUGUUUCGCCUGAUGACACAGGAUUGCUGGGAGCGUCUCUAUCAACAGACUCUGAGAUCUGCUGGGAAGAUCUACAUGCUCUUUUUUAUGCUGGUCAUCUUCCUGGGCUCAUUUUAUCUGAUCAACUUGAUCCUGGCUGUAGUGGCCAUGGCUUAUGAAGAGCAGAACCAAGCCACUAUUGCUGAAACAGAGGCAAAGGAAAGGAAGUUUCGGGAAGCCAUGGAAAUGUUAAAGAAAGAGCAGGAGGCACUGGCUGCUAGAGGAAUUGAUUCAAUGUCACUUAGCUCAUUUGAAAUGUCACCUUUAGCAUCCAAAAAUGCCAAAGAGAGAAGAAAUAGGAGAACGAAAAAGAGGUCCUUGGGGGUAGAAGAUUAUGGGGAAGACCAAAAGGUUCCCAUAUCUGAGUAUGAUUGUGGUCAGCGAAGAAUGACUCUCCUUGACAUUAGCUAUGGUCCAAAUGCAAACUCAGUGAAGCGCAGAACCAGCCAUGGAAGUAUAUUCAGUUUCCGAUUCCGUGGCAGAGACAUUGGCUCCGAAACAGAUUUUGCCGACGAUGAGAUCAGCACUGCCGGGGAAAAUGAAAGCCAGCGUGGCUCACUCUUAAUUCCAAGGACUGGGAGACGUUCAAGCAUGCAAAGUCAAGCAAGCCAUAGCUCUCACCCUCCUACUCCAAACUACAUGCAGAAUGGCAAGAGGAACAGCUCAGUGGAUUGCAAUGGUGUGGUUUCCUUGAUAGGAGGAGGCACCGGGGCUCACAACCCAGAUGCAACGUCUCCUACAGGGUUACUGCUGCCCCCAGUUAUUAUGGAAAACCCUGGGACAGGCGACUUGACCUCUCCAUCUGAUGAGGCAAGCAAAAAGCAGCUUUUGAUGCCCCAUCGCCUUUCAGUGGACCAUUAUGACCAGCCAUUUCAAAGACAACGAGCAGUGAGUGCAGUCAGUAUCAUUACCAGUGCCAUGGAAGAGCUUGAGGAAUCACAACAGCGAUGUCCUCCAUGCUGGAAUCAUUUUGCCGUUAAAUUUCUCAUUUGGGAUUGCUCUCCAUUGUGGUUGUUUAUCAAGAAACAUGUGAAGUUUGUGGUAAUGGAUCCAUUUACUGACCUCACGAUCACCCUUUGCAUUGUGAUGAAUACUCUCUUCAUGGCAUUGGAGCAUUACAAGAUGACAAAGGAGUUUGAUAACAUGCUUUACAUAGGCAAUCUGGUCUUCACUGGGAUUUUUACAGCAGAAAUGAUCUUCAAAAUAAUUGCCUUAGAUCCCUACUACUAUUUUCAGCAGGGCUGGAAUAUUUUUGACAGUAUAAUUGUUAUCCUAAGCCUAAUGGAACUGGGUUUAUCCAGCAUGGGAAAUCUGUCUGUUUUACGCUCAUUCAGAUUGCUGAGAGUCUUCAAAUUGGCAAAGUCCUGGCCAACCUUAAAUACUCUCAUUAAAAUCAUUGGUAACUCAGUGGGUGCCCUGGGUAACCUCACCCUGGUUCUGGCGAUCAUAGUCUUUAUUUUCGCUGUGGUAGGAAUGCAGCUUUUUGGAAAAGACUACUUAAUAAAAGUCAGCAAGAUAAGCCCUAAUAACAAUUUGCCCCGCUGGCACAUGAACGAUUUCUUCCAUUCAUUCCUUAUUAUAUUCCGAAUUCUCUGUGGAGAAUGGAUUGAAACCAUGUGGGAUUGUAUGGAAGUAGCUGGACAACCAUUGUGCCUUCUCGUCUUCUUGCUGGUCAUGGUGAUAGGAAACCUAGUGGUGCUCAACCUGUUCCUUGCCUUGCUACUGAGUUCUUUUUGUGCUGACAACCUUUCAGCACCGGAUGAAGAUGGAGAGAUGAACAAUCUACAGCUCGCUUUUGCUCGGAUCAACAGGGGGCUUCAGUAUGUGAAAAAUACAACAUGGGAUUUCUGUUGUAAUUUACUUAGGCAUCCGAAGACGACAGCUGAAAAGAAGGCAAUGAUUAAACUUGCUGCCCAGAACACAGGUGUCCUUCACAACUAUGUGAAUAGCCAUACCACUGCAGAGAUUGGUAAAGAUGUGGAGAACCACAAAGAGAACCAUGUUGACGAUGGGACUGACAAAAAUGGGCAGAAACUCCCAGUGAUUAGUGACAAUGAUGAUUUUCUGACCAACCCUGACCUGUCCAUCUGUGUUCCCAUUGCUGUGGGGGAGUCUGAUAUUGAAGAUCAAGAAGAUGAUGAGGAGCAGAGCACAUUCACAGAAAUGGAACAGCAGGAAAAACAGCUGCAACUAAAGGGGCAGCAAUGCAAAAGCCCAGGAGUCCGGAGUCAGACCUCUGAGAUUUGUGAAGAGUUAAGUGAGUUGUACGUGGAUAAGCAAUUGAAGGCUGAGCUGCCACCAGCACCACCACCACCACCACUACUCCUAGGGCAAAAAGAGCUUGAUGAAAUCAGUCUCUCUGAAGGCAGCACAGUGGAUUUGGGAAAUUCUGCAGAGCUACUGGAACAGAUCCCCGAGCUGGCUGAUGAUUUAAUGGAACCUGAGAAGUGUUUUCCAGAAGUCUGUGUCCGAUUCUUCCCUUGCUGUUCAGUGGACACCACAACAUUUUCAGGCAAAAUUUGGUGGAGGCUGAGGAAAACCUGCUACAGAAUAGUUGAACACAACUGGUUCGAAACUUUCAUCAUAUUCAUGAUUCUGCUGAGCAGCGGCACGCUGGCAUUUGAAGAUAUUUACCUUGAAGAGAGAAAAAACAUUAAAACCCUGUUGGAAUAUGCUGACAAAAUUUUCACUUACAUCUUUGUCCUGGAGAUGCUUCUGAAAUGGGUGGCUUAUGGCUUCAAGAAAUAUUUCACCAAUGCCUGGUGUUGGCUUGACUUCCUAAUUGUAGAUAUUUCAGUUGUUUGCCUGAUAGCAACAACUCUUGACUAUGACCAGCUGGGCGCUAUGAAAUCUCUCAGAACACUGAGGGCAUUGCGGCCCCUCCGAGCCCUGUCCAGAUUUGAGAGCAUAAGGGUCUCUUUAAUAAGCCUCAUAGCUAACUCACUUGGAUACUCCGAAAUGGGUCCUAUUAAAUCCCUUAGGACUCUCCGAGCUUUGAGACCAUUAAGAGCAUUGUCACGAUUUGAAGGGAUGAGGGUGGUUGUGAAUGCCCUGUUAGGCGCCAUCCCUUCCAUCAUGAACGUUCUGCUCGUCUGCCUCAUUUUCUGGCUCAUUUUUAGCAUCAUGGGAGUGAACCUGUUUGCAGGAAAGUUUGGAAAAUGCAUUAACAAGACAGCAGGAGAUAUGCCUUUAGACUCUAAAGUUGUUAAUAACAUGAGCGAGUGCAUACUCUAUAACGUGACAGGCAAUUUUUACUGGACAAAAGUUAAAGUCAACUUUGAUAACGUUGGUGCUGGUUACCUGGCUCUUCUACAGGUGGCAACAUUUAAAGGUUGGAUGGACAUUAUGUAUGCAGCAGUAGAUUCACGAGGGUGUGAGGAUCAACCUGAAUGGGAAUAUAAUUUAUACAUGUACCUCUACUUUGUGAUUUUCAUCAUCUUCGGGUCUUUCUUCACAUUGAAUCUCUUCAUAGGCGUCAUUAUUGACAAUUUUAACCAACAAAAGAAAAAGUUAGGUGGGCAAGACAUCUUUAUGACAGAGGAACAGAAAAAGUAUUAUAAUGCAAUGAAAAAACUGGGCUCCAAGAAACCCCAAAAACCCAUCCCAAGGCCACUGAACAAAUACCAAGGUUUUAUCUUUGACGUAGUCACCAAACAAGCCUUUGAUGUCUCCAUCAUGAUUCUCAUCUGCCUUAACAUGGUCACCAUGAUGGUGGAAACAGAUGACCAGAGUCUAGAAAAAGUGAACAUCCUUCAUAAAAUCAACAUGCUCUUCGUUGCCAUCUUCACAGCAGAGUGCAGCAUCAAAAUGUUGGCUUUAAGACACUACUAUUUCACCAAUGGCUGGAACAUAUUUGAUUUUGUUGUUGUGAUUCUAUCCAUUGUGGGUACCGUGCUUUCUGACAUCAUUCAACAAUAUUUUUUCUCUCCUACACUCUUCAGAGUCAUUCGCUUGGCUCGGAUUGGCAGGGUCCUAAGACUUAUACGGGGAGCCAAAGGAAUUAGAACUCUCCUUUUUGCCUUAAUGAUGUCCCUUCCUGCUCUGUUCAACAUUGGUCUCCUUCUUUUUCUGGUCAUGUUUAUUUACGCCAUUUUUGGAAUGGCUAACUUUGCCUAUGUUAAAAAGGAGAAUGGGAUUGAUGACAUGUUCAACUUCCAAACCUUCGCUAACAGCAUGCUCUGUCUUUUCCAAAUUACAACCUCAGCUGGCUGGGACGGUCUUCUCAAUCCUAUUUUAAACACUGGACCGCCAUAUUGUGAUCCGAACCUAAAAAAUGCAAAUGGUUCGAAGGGAGACUGUGGAAGCCCUGCUGUAGGGAUUCUAUUUUUUGUUACUUAUAUCAUUAUAUCAUUUCUCAUUGUUGUAAACAUGUACAUAGCCAUUAUUUUAGAGAACUUCAGCGUAGCCACUGAGGAAAGUACAGAGCCUCUAAGCGAAGAUGACUUUGAUAUGUUUUAUGAAAUCUGGGAGAGGUUUGAUCCUGAAGCGACUCAAUUUAUUGAGUAUUCUGUGCUUUCAGACUUUGCAGAUGCUCUGGCAGAACCUUUACGCAUAGCAAAACCAAACAAUAUUAAACUCAUAGCCAUGGACCUUCCCAUGGUCAGCGGAGAUAGGAUCCACUGCUUGGAUAUUUUAUUUGCUUUUACCAAACGGGUACUAGGAGAAACUGGGGAAAUGGAUGCCCUUAAAAUACAGAUGGAGGAAAAGUUUAUGGCUGCCAAUCCAUCUAAAAUUUCUUAUGAACCAAUCACAACCACACUCAGACGGAAACAAGAGGAGGUUUCUGCCAUUAUUAUCCAGAGGGCCUACAGGAGUCAUUUGUUUCAACGCUCCUUGAAGCAGGCCUCUUUCUUAUACCGUCACCAAGCUUGUGAUGGCAACAUGCUUGAAGAUGAGGCACCUGAGAAAGAAGGUCUCAUUGCAUUCAUGAUGAAUGAAAAUUAUGGUAGGCCAAUAGACAAAUCAGAAACUGUGUCCUCAACAUCUUUCCCUCCAUCCUAUGACAGUGUCACCAGAGCCACUAGUGACAACCUCCAGCUAAAGGUGACAGACUCUAGCAAAAGUGAUGAACCUGUAUAUUAUCUGCUAUCUCCAGACAGAGAUAAAGAAUCAAUUGUCUAAAUGUUUGUUUAGAAUGCUUUAAAAUAUUGUUUACAGAAUGUAAUGCUGUAACUACACAACAAUUGAAGCAGCCUUCUUAUUAAAUAUUAGUUGCAAAAUAAACAAUGGAGUUUUUACCCUUAACUAUGGGAGUCGAUAAGUUAUAACCUUUGACCCUGCUCUUUUCACCAUUGCUCAAUGUUUAUAUAUGCACAGGGAGAAUCUAUGCAGGGUCAUAGCUGUUAUAUCAGUGGUGUGAUUAUGAAUCUGCUAGACUGUAAAACAGUAAACACAGUGUAUAUCUAUCCACAGAUAAAGCCAGGCUGUAAACAUUCAUUUAAGGUCUUACUCAUAUUAGUGUGUUUACUUAUGGCAAUGUAUGACCUUGCAUUCUAAAAAGAAAAAGAAUAUAUCACAGCUGCUGUAGCAAAAUGUAACACUUACUGUAUAUGUUGUGAAUGGUCUUUCAUAAAUUUAUUAUAUUUGAUAUUUUUUUACUUAAAUCAAAUAAUUGUCUCUUUUUCCAUGGAGAUAGAUGAUCCUUACAGCCGACAUGUUAAACUCUGAACCAAGGUAACAAUAAUUGGUGGGACUCCCGUCAGUCAUAGAGGAAAAUUGUUGCAAAAUAAAAUAUUUAAUCAACAACAUAUAACUAUUUAUUACACUAUGACCUCCCCUUUGGGACAUGUAACUGCUUGUCAUCAGUAAUACAAAAUAAAAAUGAGGAGGAAGAAAGUGAUGUCAAAUAAUAAAGAGAGAAAUGGCUUGUUCUACCCUACAGGAAAUCAGACAGUAAUGGAUGCUGCUUGUAAAACAAUUAAUAAAAAUACUAAUUUUUUAGUAUGUUUCAAGAAUAUGCUUUGCUUGUUGUAAGCAAACUCUCUUAGAAAUAGGUUAUGACCCUGUAAUCUGAUGUAAAAUGCCCCAAAGUACUAUGUAUCCAGAUAGAUUUUCUGUUAAGUGAGUGGGAUAGGAUGUUUUCUCCAAUGACAUGGAGCAAAGCAUGCUUAAUAUAAUAUAUGGAGAUAUACCUAUAUCUCAUAGAGCUGGAAGGGACCUUGAAAAGUCAUUGAGUCCAGCCCCCUGCCUUCACUAGGCAGGACCAAGUACUGAUUUUGCCCCAGAUCCCUAAAUUGCCUCCUCAAGGAUUGAACUCAUAAUCCUGGGUUUAGCAGGCCAAUGCUCAAACCACUGAGCUAUCCCGCCCCCUUAGUGCAAGUUCUAUGCAUCAAUAUUACUUUCUAAUGCUUUGAUGCAGGUUGUGAAGUGCGGGAGGGUUGUUACAGUGUUAUCAAUGGGGUGGGAGGGUCUGUACAAAAGUUCUGAUAUAUAGAAUCCCUUCUGGGUUUCUAUCUUUCACUUUACUGGAGGCUGUGUUUAGAUUACUGGGGAACCUUCCUUUUUGCAGGCAGGCAGAGGAAUAGUUGCAUGUGAAAUACCAAUCAGUCGCAGGCCAAACAUAUGACAGCAAUGGGGUCCCAUUAUAAGUGCUUUAGGAGUAGACAUUUUUAGUGGUUUUAUACUGUAAAAAAAAAUUAAUUUAUUAUCAACCUUCCAGCCUUGGCAAAAUGUGAGGAAGUGUCUGUGGAAUAUAAAGAGACAAGUCAAUGGUUACAGAAAAGCCCUCUCUUUGUUAUUUUCAAAUAUGAUGGUACUUGGGUUUGGUGCGUCUUCAUGGGAGGUCUUGCCUGAGAAGUCUGUAAUGAGCGAUUGCACCACAAGGAAUAGUAGCCAUGUUUUUCACCUUGCAGAAAAAGAAUUAUCAAGAAUGUAUUUAAAGUGUACUGUAGUUGACAUUUAGUUACAUUCUAGAUUAUAAAGGUGUCAAAAUCCACGUGGGGUUGUUACUGAGAAUCUUAGCUAUCCAGCAACAAGACCAUGUUACAAUGAAAUUUUCCUGUCACCACAUCAUCUGUUGACAAAAUGAGUCAGAAUAUGUGAAGAAAACACAUAAAAUAAUAUGACUACAUAUAUGUUAAUGAAUUUUUCUUCAUCCAAUGAGAGGUGUCUCAAGCAUUCAGUUUUGUGAGUGAUCGAUUGGUUAUUCGGGGGACUUGAUGUCAGGUUUGUUCCUGAUUCUUGCUGUGUGAUUUUUAGGUAAACAAUUUAACCUAUCUGUGCCUCAGUUUACCCAUCUAUAAAAUGGGGAUAAUAAUACUUAUCUACCUCACAGGAGUGUUGUAAGACUUAAUUAAUGGCUGCAAAGCACUCUGAGGGUGAAAGGCACUCUGUAAGUAUUAUUAUAAUCAUUCUCUCUUUCCCCCUAGCCCCCUCUUUAUGGUGUACACCAUAGAGAUUUUCCUUCUGGGAUUUUGUUGCCUUUGAAUCUUGUAUGUAAUUAGAUUCCAACUUAAGGAAACUACUCCAAAUGUGUUUUUCAGAGUGGAAUUUCUCCCUCCCCCAAUAAAUUUUGCUCAUGACUUCUCAAGUUAGAGAACCUUUCCACAGAUUCCUUGUGUAAUUUAUGCUGUAAUAUUAUACUGAUUGUACAUAUAACCCAGAAAGAAUAUGUGAUAUUUUAUAUUUAUAAGUGUGUAUCAUGCAAGUUUUUAGAAUGGUUGACACUCAAACAACAUGACUUACUGAUUAAAUUUUUUUCUCUUGAAAGAGAAUUAUUGAUCAUUAGAAACGAGCUGCUGCCUCUAACUGAACGAAAUAGGAAAUACACAUACAUGCCAAACAAAACCACAUUUAUUAAUUGACAACUAGUAGGAUUAUUUUCUUUUCAAAAUUGAAGAACAAAAUGGAGGAGGAAAAAUGCUAAUUGAAUGGGUAUUGCUCAUCUAAUUUCUUAAUAUACAAAAAAAAUCCUAUUUUUAGACCAAAGACUGAAUAGUGGUGAUAGGUUGUUCACAUUAUUUUGUUAUUAUUUUUAAUUAUUUGUUACUUGAUUUAGCAGAUAUAUUAAAAUGUAACUUCUUAAUAUACUAUAAAUAACACCGAAGCCAAAUAAUAGAAUGCUGUGAUAAAAAAAAUUAGCUGGCUACUGAUUAUAUUACAAGAAAGCUCUUCCAGCAAUCAGUGGACCCCUGAGAUGAGCAUCGUUUUAAUUACUGCAAGACCCUACCAUAUCAGUACAAUUGCAAACUCUACUAUGUUGUACCCCAAAGCUGUAAAAAAGUGAGUCUGAAAGAGGGUCUUAACUAUAGAUAUUUACAGUAAACUUUCUAAAAAGAAAUUGUAAAUUAGGUUCAAAAUGGACUUUGUAAAAAUUUCUAUUGGAUUUUUCUAUUAUUUUCUGGAACCUUUCUUGAGAACUGAAGUGUAAUUGCUGCAUUUGUAUUAGAUGUCGGACUCCCUUAAAAACUUCAAGUACCUGACCUGCAAGUCUUUACUAAAGGAGAUACCGAUCACAAUAUAUCAGUGGUACAACCUCCCAGUGUAGUGAUAUUGUAGUUAGUGACUUGAUAGACAGUGCAUACUUAUUAUAAGCAUGAGGAGUGCUGUCAUUUUCUGCGGAUUUGCUCAAUAAAGAGUACAGCAUGAAUCAUCAAACUACAAAAAGAGCACAUUAAAACUUCAGCCAAUAUCACAGGACAUACUAAGCUAUUUGUAUCUGGAAAAAGCCAAGUUUACUAUGUUUCUUUAUUAAAUAAAUAAGGAUAACACAUA